UAGCAGCCUUAACAUCUGCUGCCCAGCUCCGCAUCUCUGGAAUAAGACGCUGCUCUGUAUAGUUUUCUCGCGCGGUUGUAGCGCUUUUUUGUUAUUUUGGUUUUCACCUUUUUAUUUCGUCGGAGUUUAGCCUACUGUAUUUAGAAUUGUAAUGGUCUCUUUUCUAAAGUUUGUGUGGUAUAACAUGAGCGAAGAGUAAAUGACUACUUUUAGGACUACUUCUACCGUACUUUUCCCACUUGCGUUAACUUGGAGUUAAUACAUUUUCAAAUAUCCCCCAAACGGACAUCGCAUUUGUAAUCAGCUUUCAACGUCUAACUUUUUCCUCUGCAAAAGUUUCUCCUCGUAGGAUUCUAAGAGGAUCGUGAAUGGAUAUGGCUUGGAUCAGAUGGAACCUUUUGUUUUCCAUAGGUUUGUUAAUUUCACCGGCGUUUGUAUCCAUGGAUCAGAGCGGCUUUAGGAGAUACUACGUGUUGCAACCGGGACCGAGCGGUACGGACAGGGUGCAUGUGAGCUCAAUUUCAUCCCGCUCAGGAGCCGCGGGACAGCCGCAAACCUACAAUGUCGAACUGACGGCCAGCUUCGCCGGCGGCCAGGUUCGAACCCGCAGGAUGGGCAGUCAGGCGACCCAAAGUAUCCCGCUCCGACAGGACACACAGCAACAGUUUACGCAGCAACAGAUCGUCAGACAUACAAGUCAACAAGUUAAAGUAUCAGGGGUGAAUGUCUGUGGAGGGCAGUGCUGCCACGGAUGGAGCAAGGCCCCGGGAUCGCAGCGGUGCACCAAGCCCCACUGUUUCCCCCAGUGCCAGAAUGGCGGUAUGUGUCUGAGGCCUCAGCUCUGCAUCUGUAAGCCAGGCUCCAAGGGCAAGGCCUGCGAACAGAAGACCGUGCCUGGCCCCUCCAACCCCACUCUGCCUGGUAACGGCCACACCAACGGCCACACCGUGGGCCAGGGUGGUAAUGGGCACGGUAAUGGACACACCAACGGGCACACGGUAGUCCAGGGCGGCAACGGGCACCCCAACGGCGGCCGCACCACGGUCCACGCGGUCGUUCCCCAGCGGCCCAUCCCCCAGCAGGUGUACCCGCCACAGCCCCACGGUCCGGCCAUGGUGCCCGGAGGUGCCAACGUGGCGGCACAGAUGACCGUGACCAUGAAGCGGCCGCAGCCCUACCAAACGCAUGUGCGGUCUCCUGUCUCGGUGACCAUGCAGCGUGGCCAGAGCCAUAGCCAGCAGUUCAUCAUGAAGCCCAAGUACUACCACACCACCCACACCCAGGUGCACCGCGUGGGCCCCCAGCCGGACAGACCAAUCCCACUGUCUGUGGGCCACGGCUCCGUCCACGUGCCCUCCGUGGGGAACCAGACGGGCCGGAUCAAGGUGGUCUUCACCCCCACCAUCUGCAAGGUGACCUGCAUGGGUGGCCGGUGCCAGAACAGCUGCGAGAAGGGGAACACCACCACCAUCAUCAGCGAGAACGGCUACGCCACCGACACCCUCACCGCACCCAACUUCAGAGUGGUGGUCUGCCACCUACCCUGCAUCAAUGGUGGGAAAUGCAGUGCCCGGGACAAAUGUCAGUGCCCGCCCAACUACACCGGCAAGUUCUGCCAAAUGCCCGUCCAAAACGGCAACCACCGGCAGCAGCAGAGCCAGGCCAGCCAGAUCCACUCCACACACACCCUCCCCCUAACGUACAACAAUGGACAGAACCAGAGUAAGCCGACAAGCAACAACAUGCAGUUCCCGCCCAACUUCGUGAACAUCCACGUGAAGCACCCGCCCGAGGCCUCCGUCCAGAUCCACCAGGUGUCCCAGCUGGACGCCAACGGCCAGAAGGUGAAGGGCUCCCAGUCGUCCAGCACCUCCAUGCACCACCACACCCACCAGCACUCGGAGAGCAGCAGCAGCCACAGCAGCAGCGGCAGCCACAGCAAGGUCCAGCAGCAGGGUCACGGCGGAGUGGUCUACCCCAACCAGCAGACCUACAUCCAGUACCAGCAGCCCGUCACCUCCAAGAGCCAGCUGGGACGCUGCUUCCAGGAGACCACCGGGGCACCGUGUGGAAAAGCCUUCCCGGGUCUGUUGAAGCAGGACGACUGCUGUGGAACGGUGGGCACGUCCUGGGGAUUCCACAAAUGCCAGAAGUGUCCAAAGAAGCCGUCCAUGACGGAUACAAGAUACCUGAGUGAGUGCCCCCAGGGAUACAAGAAAGUCAACAACUCCUGCCAAGAUAUCGAUGAGUGUCAGCAGGUGCCAGGGCUGUGUCCCAACGGGGACUGCAUGAACACGCAGGGCAGCUACCGGUGCAUCUGCCGCGCCGGCUUCAAGCCGGACGCCACGCUCUCCGGCUGCAUCCCUCUCUUCAAAGAGAUCUGCCCUGGCGGGAUGGGUUACCAUGUCACCGGCCACAUCAAACCUAAGCCAAUCAACCGGCCCCAACCACAGCCGCAACCACAGCCACAGCCGCAGCCACAACCCCAGCCCCAGCCCAGGCCCCGGCCACCCUAUCAGGAGCCAGUGCUGCCUCCAGUGCCCCUUCCUACUGCACACAAACCCGUGGAGGCCCUGAGUGUGACCGAGAGGCAACUUCCCGUACCAGAGGUUGUGGAGAAGACGUCACCUCCGAUGCCUGUUCAGAUUCUGCCCUCCAGCGCUAGUCAAGCUAUUGGCCCCAUCCAGGAUUCAGAGGUGAAUGAGUGCCAGGUGAGCCCUGAUAUAUGUGGGCAUGGCAUCUGUUCCAACACCCCUAAGGCCUACACCUGUCACUGCUACGAGGGCUACCAGAUGGAUGAAGAGCAGACCACCUGUGUAGACGUUGACGAAUGUGCCGAGAGGCCGCUGCUGUGUGCAAACGGCCACUGCAGGAACACGGCCGGAGGCUUCCAGUGCGCGUGCCAACAUGGCUUCCAGAUUGGUGACGAGGGUACCAGCUGCGUCGAUGUGGACGAGUGUUUGAGGCCCGACACAUGCCCAGAUGACGACUUGUGUGUCAACACACCGGGCUCGUUCCUGUGUCGGCGUUGCGACAGAGGCUUCAGGAUGAACCCGAACGGCCAGUGUGAAGAUGUUGAUGAGUGUCUGGACAAGUCCAACUGUCCAUCAGGUCUGUGUUAUAACAAUCCUGGCUCAUUCGUCUGUGAUCUCUGUCCAGCUGGCUUCGAGGGCAAGGAUGGCCAAUGUGUGGAUAUCGAUGAGUGCCUGGACUCCUCGGCCUGUGAACAUGGCCGGUGCUCUAACUUUCAGGGCUACUUUGUCUGCUCCUGUGAUGAUGGCUACGCGCUGAGCCCCGAUGGCAAGUCCUGCACAGAUUUGGAUGAAUGUCAGGAUGACCAUGUGUGCACUAGGGGCCAUUGCCAGAACACAGAAGGCUCAUUUGUGUGUGUCUGCGAGGCUGGCUUCAGGGUGUCUGCAGCAGGGGACCAGUGUGAUGAUGUGGACGAGUGCCGUGAGCUGCCGGAGGUGUGUGGCGGCGUGGGCGUGUGUGUCAACAACCUGGGCUCUUACCUGUGCAGCUGCUCUGAGGGAUACCAGCAGGUCAACGGCACCAGCUGCCAAGAUGUGAAUGAGUGUGUAGAUGACCCUGAGCUGUGCGGAGCCAAUGGGGAUUGCCUAAAUGUGGAAGGCUCCUUCCAGUGUGUGUGUGACAUAGGCUUCACUUUAAAUCAAGGAGCAAAUACCUGUGAAGAUGUGGAUGAGUGCGUGCAGAGCAUCAGGUGCGAAGGUGGCACCUGCGUGAACACCCGCGGCUCAUUCACAUGCGAGUGUGAUAAGGGCUUCCGACUGCAGGCUGACAACCACACGUGUCAGGAUAUCGAUGAGUGUGCGGAGCUGAGCCCUGGCAUCUGCGGCGCGUGGCGGUGUGAGAACACGCUGGGCUCCUUCACAUGCGUGGUCAGCUGCCCGCCCGGCCACACCAAAGACCCCCAGGGGGUGUGUGUGGAUAUCGAUGAGUGCAGUCAGAACGAGACCCUGUGUGGAAGCCCAGACUUCUGUGAGAACAUGGCCGGCUCGUACCGCUGCCACUGCGACAGAGGCUUUGAGGAGACCCCAGACGGCCGAGGCUGUGUGGAUCUGAAUGAGUGUGAGCUGCUGGCCACUGUGUGUGGCGAGGCUCGCUGUGAGAAUGUGGAGGGCUCCUUCAUGUGCGUGUGUCCAGAGGAGAACCAGGAGUACGACCAGAUGACCGCCACGUGUGUCACGCCCACAGGCUCGGUGGAGAGGAAGGAGUGUUACUACAACCUGAACGAUGAGAACCUGUGCGACAAUGUGCUGACCAGCAGUGUGACCAUCCAGGAGUGCUGCUGCACGCUGGGCGCUGGCUGGGGAGACAACUGUGAGGUCCACCCCUGCCCCAUCCCUGGCACAGAUCAGUUUGCCAAGAUGUGUCCCGCGGGCAAGGGCAGCAUUCCCAGUGGAGAUGACGUGUUUGGAGUGGCCGCAGUCGAUUCCUACAAAGAUGCGGAUGAGUGUGCCCUCUUUGGCACGGAGAUCUGCAAAGGCGGCUUCUGCCUCAACAUGCCCGGGACGUAUGAGUGCUACUGCAAGGCCGGACUCUUCUACGACGAGGUCAAGCUGGAGUGCCUUGACACGGAUGAGUGCCUGGAUGAGUCUAAUUGUGUGGGUGGGGAGUGUAUGAACACUCAAGGCUCCUACAAUUGUUUCUGCCCUCCCCCAAUGGUGUUGAUGGAAAAACAGUGUGUCUAUUCCCCACCUGUGGCAGAGACCAGAGAACACCAGAUUUUCCAGGACGUCUGUUGGCAGACGGUGAAGGCGAUGACCUGCAACAAUGUCCUGCCCAACAAGAGGACCACAUACACCGAGUGCUGCUGCCUGUACGGGGAGGCCUGGGGCAUGGACUGCGCUCUCUGCCCACAGAAGGACUCAGAGGACUACGCCUCCAUGUGUAACGUGCCCUUUAGUGGGAACCGGCGGCCGUACGGUCGGGACGCAUUGGUCGCCGGCCCCGUGCACGAGUAUGAGGUGGACCCCGACUACCAGCCCAGCCCUGACUUCCUGCCCCUCCCCCAAAGUCCAGAGCAGACGCAAGGCUCUCACACCAUCCCCCUCUACGAGGAUGAAGACACUCCCUACGACGCCUUCGAAGGCCUGCGAGCCGAGGAGUGCGGCAUCCUGAACGGCUGUGAGAACGGACGCUGUGUGCGUGUGCAGGAGGGCUACACCUGCGACUGCUUCGACGGCUACACCCUCGACAUGUCCCGCAUGGCCUGUGUGGAUGUGAAUGAAUGCUCGGAGCUCAAUAGCCGGAUGUCCCUGUGCAAGAAUGCCAAGUGCAUCAACACGCAGGGCUCCUACAAAUGCCAGUGUCUGCCGGGCUUCGUCCACUCGGAGCAGCCCAACUACUGCGUGCCCAAGGGGCAGGCGCCAGCGGCAGCCAACGACUCAAGGGAGUGACCCUUAGAGCCCAGCAGAGGGCGCCACAAACACUAAAACACUUAUUUAAUCCAAGCCCAUAUAUUCUGCACUGUAUAAAACAAACCUAAAACAGAAAACGAGGAAAAGAACAAAAAAAAUGUAAGAAUUCAAUCAUACUUGAGAUGAAGACCUGAUUACAAAAAUGCUAUGUGGUUUCUGUGGAGAGAGGAGAGAGCAGAAUUGUAUAAAAUGUAUUUUGUUUUGUUUUGUUUUGUUUAUUUUUGGAUUUAUUUUUAAUUUGUUUUUGUUUGUCUUUUUUAUUUUGUAAGGUUUUAUUGAAUAAGAAGGA